AUGGAAGGGAAGGGAAUUCACGGAGGGGAGAAGCCCGAAGAGGAAGAUAAAGUGGUUUUUGGAUGGAAGAAGGGUGUUCGAAGAAUGUUUGUCGAUUUUUCAUUUCCGAGAAUCAUUGAUAACAUGAUUCAGGGUUGGAAACCAACCGGCUGGCAAGGUGCAGCCUCUAGGGAGUUCAGGUCAGAUUUACCUUCGUGUGUGCUUUUUACUACUCCUCCGGACAGUUGUGGCAUAGUAGACUGUUUUGGAAUGAUCUACAGUGGUUUUCUGGCAGAAUUCGGACCAUUGCAGGUUGUUGUUUUUUGGACUAGUUUGUAG